GCCCUUGAGCCAUCUCUUUCCCCACGCCCGCCACUUGACUUGCGCUAGUCCUAAAACCCUCUCCUCCCUCCACCUCUCGCGCCGCCACCGCCGCCGCCGCCGCAAAACCCUAGCUCCGACGAUACGCCGCCGCCGCAAAACCCUAGCUCCGACGACACGCCGCCGCCGUUGCCGCGGCCGCCGAAACUAGCUAUGGCGUCGACUCAGGCGCUUAAGAAGAACUACCGCUGCGACCGCUCGCUGCAGCAGUUCUACACGGGCGGGCCGUUCGCGGUCGGGCGCGGCCCCGCCGGCGAGGCCGAGGCCGAGGCCGAGCCUUUCCUCGCGUGCGCAUGCGGCGGGGAGGUGCGCGUGGUGUCCGCAGCGGACGCCUCCGCGAUAGGCGAGCCCGUCGAGUGCGACUCGGAGGCCAUCACCGCGCUGACCCUGUCCCCGGACUCCCGCCUCCUUUUUGCUGCGGGGCACAGCAGGCUCAUCAGGGUCUGGGACCUCGCGACCCGCACUUGCAUACGCAGCUGGAAGGGACAUGAUGGUCCUAUUAUGGCCAUGGCAUGCCAUGCUUCUGGUGGGUUGCUUGCAACUGCCGGAGCAGACAAGAAGGUCUGCGUGUGGGAUGUGGAUGGUGGAUUCUGCACGCAUUUCUUAAGAGGUCAUACAGGUGUUGUGACGACCAUUAUGUUCCACAAAGAUCCAAAGCGCCUUCUGUUAUUUUCAGGAAGCGAAGAUGGCACCGUGCGAGUAUGGAACCUUGAAACCAAAAAAUGUGUUGCUGUGCUGAAAGAGCAUUUUUCAACAGUCACUUCAUUGUCAUUGUCUGAUGAUGGACAAACAUUGCUCAGUGCUGGGAGGGAUAAGGUUGUUACUGCGUGGGAUGUUCGUAAGUACAGCUCAAAGAAGACAAUACCAACGUAUGAAAUGAUAGAAGCUAUUUCCUUCAUUGGAUCAGGAAGUGAGGUACUGGCUUGUUUGGGCAUAGAACUGGCAAAUAUGAAGGGAAAAAUGGAUGGUUAUUUUCUUACAGUAGGUGAACGUGGGGUUGUGCGCAUCUGGUGCUUGGAGAGUGGUCAUUGCAUAUUCGAGCAGCAAUCAUCUGAUGUAACUGUAAACUCAGAGAAUGAGGAAACCAGAAGGGGUUUUACAUCUGCUGUUAUAUUGCCAAAUGAUCAAGGGUUGCUAUGUGUUACUGCUGAUCAGCAGUUUUUGUUCUAUUGUCCCAAAAAAACUGAUGAAGGGAUCUUCCAACUGUCCCUAUAUAGACGUCUAGUGGGUUAUAAUGAUGAGAUUCUUGACUUGAAGUUUGUUGGAGAUGACGAACAAUACCUUGCUGUAGCUACUAACUUGGAGCAGGUCCGUGUUUAUGAUGUUGCUUCGAUGUCAUGUUCUUAUGUACUGGCUGGCCACACGGAAAUUGUUGUUUGCAUCGACACCUGUGUCUCUUCUUCUGGGAAGACGCUUAUUGUAACUGGGAGCAAGGACAAUACUGUGAAGUUAUGGGAUGCUGAAAGGAGAAGCUGUAUUGGUACUGGUAAAGGCCAUCUGGGAGCUGUUGGUUCUGUUGCAUUCUCAAAGAAAUCGAAGAACUUUUUUGUUAGUGGCAGCAGUGAUCGAACCAUCAAGAUAUGGACCUGGGAUGAUACGCUUGAUGAUGAUGAAGUUCCUCUUAAAGCUAAGGCUGUUGUAGCUGCACAUGAUAAAGAUAUUAAUUCUCUGGCUGUUUCACCUAAUGAUGGCCUUGUUUGCAGCGGCUCUGAGGACCGGACUGCUUGCAUAUGGAAACUCCCUAACCUGGUGUCCUCUGUUGUCCUUAAGGGGCACAAAAGAGGAAUCUGGUCGGUUGAGUUUUCUCCUGUUGAGCAAUGUGUCAUGACAUCUUCUGGUGACAGAACAAUCAAGAUUUGGUCAGUUGCAGAUGGCUCGUGCUUGAAGACGUUUGAGGGUCAUACGUCAAGUAUCUUGCGAGCUUCUUUCCUUUCACGUGGAACUCAAGUUAUUUCUUGCGGAAGUGAUGGUCUAGUGAAGCUAUGGACAAUCAAAACAAAUGAAUGCAUUGCUACUUAUGAUAAGCAUGAUGGGAAGGUUUGGGCAUUGGCUGUUGGCAGAAAAACUGAAAUGCUUGCUACUGGUGGAACGGAUGCUAUUCUAAACCUGUGGCAUGAUUGCACCAUGGAAGAUAAGCAAGAAGAUUUCCGUAAAAAGGAGGAAGAAGUCUUAAGAGGCCAGGAAUUGGAAAAUGCAGUAUCAGAUUCUGACUAUACAAAAGCAAUACAACUUGCAUUUGAGCUUAGAAGACCACACAGGCUCCUAGAGUUAUUCUCACAGCUUGCCAGGAGUGCUGAUUCAGAGGAUCCAAUAGAAAAGGCUCUUCUUGGACUUACAAAGGAUGGCCUUCGUGUGCUUCUUGAGUACAUCCGUGAAUGGAAUACGAAGCCCAAGUUCUGUCAUGUUGCACAGUUUGUGCUUUUUCGGGUAUUGAGGUGUUUGCCUCCCACUGAUAUCCUGGAGAUAAAGGGCAUCAGCGAGCUCCUUGAGGGUCUUAUUCCGUAUUCGCAGAGGCAUUUCAGCAGAGUUGAUAGACUAGUGCGAAGCACAUUUCUGUUGGACUAUACAUUGAUGCGAAUGUCCGUGGUAGAUCCAGAUGUAGAUGCAGGCACAGCCAAAGAUGACAUGAAUGGUUCAUCAGUGGAGAAUGAUGAAACCGCAGAGGCUUGGCCUGCUUCGCCUGUAACAGAGAAAUCGGGCAAGAAGAGAAAACAGGGCAAAUCAAGCAAAAAGGGCAAGGAGAAGAAGAUGAAGGUUCUUUCAAAGGAUGUUUCAGUUGAGGCCUGAAUAGAUAGCUAAGAAAAUAGCUUAUGGGCACCGCCAAUUUUGUAGUUGUUGUAAUUGUAAUUGACAUUGUCCACCAACACGAAUAGCUUCUGGUGUAAAUGCAUUCUUUGACGAGUUCAGAAGACCCCGGUGCUUAAGGCACACGCGGCAAUCUGUUCCGAAUUUUCUGGUGAACUUAUUUACAGGGAAAACCCAGAUGAGAUCUCAUACGUUCUGGGUUGGUUCCCCA